UCUUCCCGCACCGGCUUCUGUGACAGCCGGUGCCCACUGCGCAUGCGCGAGAAGCGCUGCGCUUUGUGAAUGGCCCGGCGUCUUCUGGGACCUGUCAUGUGUCCCAGAAGACACCGGACCAUUCACAAAGCGCAGCGCAUGCGCACACAUGCGCAGUGGGCACCCGGCUGUCACAGAAGCCAGCGCGGGAAGACUGUGCAGCGCUGGAGCGAGGAACAGGUAAGGCCCUGCAGGAGACAACAGCUGAGCGGCCGGCCCGGUAUUCUGACA